CCCGACGACACGUGUCUUGUUAUCUCUUGAAACAAAAAUUGAACGUAUGGGCGAUGUUUCGCUAGCAAAACCCAACAAAAAGCCCCCAUUGUUAUCUCCCACUGAAACCCAUUCUUGCAGUUGCAGGUCCUCCAUUCCAAUCCCUCUCCUCCACGGCCACAUAAAGAGAGAGGAGAUAAAACAUGGCCUGCCCAGCCCCCACAACAGGCCUCCACAGAUCAUCAUCUCUGUCGCUGGCUUCCCAAUUCUGUUCCAAACCUCCUUCCACCUUCUGUUCAAGAAGAGGCAGAAGAGGAUCUGUGGUCAUAUGCUCAGUAUCCGGUGAAAAGACCGUGGUGAUAGGCCUUGCUGCUGAUUCAGGAUGCGGCAAGAGCACCUUCAUGAGGCGCUUAACCAGUGUGUUUGGAGGGGCAGCAGAGCCCCCCAAGGGUGGUAAUCCUGACUCCAACACUCUCAUCAGUGACACCACCACUGUCAUCUGCCUUGAUGACUAUCACUCUCUUGACAGAUUUGGGAGAAAAGAGAAGGCUGUCACUGCUCUAGACCCCAAGGCCAAUAACUUUGAUCUCAUGUAUGAGCAGGUUAAGGCUAUCAAGGAGGGCUCCCCUGUUAUGAAACCCAUUUACAACCAUGUUUCUGGUCUCCUUGAUCCUCCAGAGGAGAUUGUUCCUCCCAAGAUCCUUGUCAUUGAAGGCCUUCAUCCCAUGUUCGACGCACGAGUCAGAGACUUGCUGGACUUCAGUAUAUAUUUGGACAUCAGCAAUGAGGUCAAGUUCGCCUGGAAAAUUCAGCGUGACAUGGCAGAACGUGGGCACAGUCUAGAAAGCAUCAAAGCCAGCAUUGAAGCUCGGAAGCCAGACUUUGAUGCUUACAUUGAUCCACAGAAGCAAUAUGCAGAUGUUGUGAUUCAAGUCUUGCCUACACAGCUAAUUCCUGAUGACAAUGAGGGGAAGGUCUUGAGGAUUAGGAUGGUGAUGAAAGAAGGGGUCAAGUACUUCAAUCCAGUCUACCUGUUUGAUGAGGGUUCCACAAUCUCCUGGAUUCCCUGUGGUAGGAAGUUGACAUGUUCAUAUCCUGGCAUCAAGUUCUUCUAUGGCCCUGACGUUUACUACGACAAUGAGGUGUCUGUUCUGGAGAUGGAUGGGCAGUUUGACAGACUAGAUGAAUUAAUAUAUGUGGAGAGUCACUUGAGCAACAUAUCGACGAAAUUCUAUGGAGAAAUCACUCAGCAGAUGUUGAAACAUUCUGAUUUUCCAGGAAGCAACAAUGGCACUGGACUCUUCCAAACCAUAGUAGGACUUAAGAUCCGAGAACUGUUUGAGCAGAUCACUUCAGAGAGAAAAGCUUCUUUGAAAGCAACUAAAGUCUAGAAUUAAAUUUUCAAUGUACAAUAAAAUCUGACGACAUUAUGUUGUUCUUGUUAGAAUAUGAAAUCAUAUUGAAUCUUUGUAGGUGGUCGUGGAAUCCUCGGAUAUAAUAUAAAAAAACAAUUUAAAAGCAAAAAUACUAUCCAAGUUUCUUUC